GUCAAAGUUUGUGUCAUCUCCGGAGUAGACUUCUCAAAGUUAGGAGAUUCUUUAACCAACGUUACACUGAGGGACACAUUUGGCAAGAAGAAAAGACCAGCUACUCAUUCCUCUACAUUCAAUUACCACAAUAUGGACAUGGAUUAAAAAAAAAACUGUGCGAGAGGAAGGGAAAACCCACUCUUACAAGAACUUAUAAUUUGACACCGGUGCUGCACAGAAAUGUUGGGAAACUUACUUUCCACAAUGGAUUUUCUGUUUGGAGAGGAAUGUAAUUGCUCUGCCAAGUGGCUGGGCGAUAAUCACCCUAUUACCAGCUUUCCAAAUGAGUGACGGGGAGUGUGACUUCUUCUGCUUCUUCCGCUGCUGCUGAGCGCGCUUCUCACGCGCCUCAGACAGACAAGAAGGCAGGGUGUCUCUGAGGAGUGACACGAGCAGGUGGAAAGGGGGGCGGGGAGAAGCGGGGAGGUGGUGCUUCAAACGAGCCAUUUCAUCCCAUCGGACCACUAGGAUCCGACAGGUAGGCGGGUUGUCUACCUGUCCGGGUGAUUGAUUUAGUCGACUGGAUGUCUGUGGAUAUGAACAGCCAGGCGUCAGACAGCAACGAGGAAGACUUCGGGGUGAACUCUGAAGAAGAGGAGGAUGAAGAUGAUGGAGGAGAGGAGGAGGACCAGGGUGACAUUGCAGCCUACUACGAGGGCGUGGCCAGCGACGUGGAGCAACAGGGCGCUGAUUCCUUUGACCCAGAGGAGUACCAGUUCACCUGCCUGACCUACAAAGAGAGUCAAAGGGUGCUGACAGAGGAGGUUAACACUGUGGCUGCUGCACUGAAGGUUUUACCAGCAGUAGCAAAACUGAUCCUGGUGCAUUUUCACUGGCAGGUUUCACAAAUACUGGACAGAUAUAAGUCCAACUCGUCUCUGCUGUUGUCAGACGCUCUGGUCCAGCCCAGCAGCACCUGCAGAUCAGUCACUGCCCCUCAGUCCCUCCAGUGUGGUGUGUGUCUACAAGUCGUGCGGAGAGACUCCCUGCUGGCACUGCCCUGUCAGCACUCCUUCUGCAAAGCAUGCUGGGAGCAGCACUGCACCGUACUGGUCAAAGAUGGCAUGGGAGUGGGCAUCUCGUGUAUGGCUCAGGACUGUUCCCUGCAGAUGCCUGAAGACUUUGUCCUGCCGCUGCUGCCAGGAGAGGAGCUGAAGGACAAAUACAGACGCUACCUCUUCAGAGACUACGUCGAGAGUCACUUCCAGUUGCAGUUGUGUCCGGGUGCCGACUGUCCCAUUGUCAUCAAGGUGCAGGAGCCCCGGGCGCGCAGGGUGCAGUGUAGCCGCUGCAGUGAAGUCUUCUGUUUUAAAUGCCGUCAGAUGUACCAUGCACCUACAGACUGUGCAACAAUCCGAAAAUGGCUGACCAAAUGUGCCGACGACUCAGAGACGGCCAACUACAUCAGCGCACACACUAAAGAUUGUCCAAAGUGCAAUAUCUGCAUUGAGAAGAACGGCGGGUGCAAUCACAUGCAAUGCUCCAAGUGCAAACACGACUUCUGCUGGAUGUGUCUUGGUGACUGGAAGACUCACGGCAGUGAAUACUACGAGUGCAGUCGCUACAAAGAAAACCCUGAUAUAGUCAACCAGAGCCAGCAGGCUCAGGCCAGAGAGGCCCUCAAGAAAUACCUCUUCUACUUUGAGAGGUGGGAGAAUCACAACAAGUCUCUGCAGUUGGAGGCUCAGACGUACCAGAGGAUCCAGGAGAAGAUCCAGGAGAGAGUGAUGAACAACCUGGGAACCUGGAUCGACUGGCAGUACCUGCAUAACGCUGCAAAGCUACUGGCUAAGUGUCGCUACACACUGCAGUAUACAUACCCCUACGCCUAUUAUAUGGAGUCCGGCCCACGCAAGAAACUGUUUGAGUAUCAGCAGGCUCAGCUGGAAGCAGAGAUAGAAAACCUCUCGUGGAAGGUGGAGCGAGCCGACAGCUACGAGAGAGGAGUGGUGGGAGGCGAGGGGGAGCUCAGUGCCAGUGACAGAGGGGAUCUGGAGAAUCAGAUGCACAUUGCUGAGCAGAGGCGACGCACGCUGCUGAAGGAUUUCCACGACACCUGAAGCUCCAUCGCGACUGCAAAGCACCAGCAUCUCCCUCCUUACCUCCUUCCUUUCUUCCUUGCCUCCUGCCUUUGCUUCUUUCCAUGAACAUCCCUUGGUGCAGUUAUACUGACCCUUCCUUUUGCUUCUCGACACUUUGCUUCUCGACAUUUGCUUCUUUCGUUCUGCCCCGCCCCCCCUCACUCCCAUAAUGCUGCAGGGUCACAGAAUGGCACGAUUGUAUCUCCCCUUCCUCCUCUCAUCCUCACCGUCACCUCAUUUACAUGUUUUGGCUUCAGAGCAUCACAUUCACUGUGGUUACACUUAUUGCAGCUUUUCAGGUCUGAGCAGAGAGGUCAGAUUUUGAGGUUUCUAGUGUCAGAAAACAGUGGGUAAGCUUUUAUUUCACAUUAAGCAUUUAGACGCUGAAAUGAGCUGCUAAAAGCAACAUGUUGCCCGUUGAAAAGAGUGUAAGAGUGAGAGCUCCAACAUUAUUCCUGUGAAUAAUCAGCAGAGAGAAAAACCAUAAGAGAGGUAGAACUACUAAAGAUGGAGAAGCUUUUGUUAUUAAGCGGACGAGGAACAUUUGGAGGAAGGUACAUUUUUUCUUUAAAGAGAUGGUGCUGAUUGUGGAUCUACAUUUAGUGGUUUUAAAUAGACCAUAAUGACUAGCAGGCACUUAUGGGUAGUCGUACCUGUAGCGCUUACUCGAUCUUGACACAUGCAAAGCUGAAAUCCAGAACUUUCCACACAUUUUAAUUUGAGUUUCCUCCUCCUGAGCUGCAACAGGUUCAUGGAAAUAAUUCCAGACAAAACAUGUCCCUGCCACUUCCCUGGCGGUGGUUAGAAGAAACUUUGUUACCAAACGGGACAGGUGCAGCUUGACAUGACUUCAUGGCCCCACAUGCUCCUUAUUUUACUUUUAAAAAAGCAAAGAAAAAUACAGUAUUUUCCUACUUUUGAUGCAUGUUCAUAUAUGCAAGAUAUUAAAUACUUAGAUGAAUGUGUGUUGACAUGACAAGUUUUUAAAGAUUUUGUCACCAGUAUUUCAUAAUAAGCACACCUGCCCACUUGGUUUGUGUUAGUGCCAAACCGGGAGGUGCUCCAGCCACUUCUGACAGCAAGUAGCUGCUAGUCAUUGUCAGCAAAGUAAAACUACUAAAUUACUCCCAUUCUUGUCUCUUUACAUUCUCAUACUGGUGCUUGACUGUGUUCAGCUAAAGUAGAUGGAAACGAGCGUGAGCCUGACCUUCUCUCAUAAAAAAAAAAAAAAAAAAUCUUAACACCUCCACUCAGCAGAUGAUAAAGUUGUUUUGAAGCAGCAGGUGUAAUCACAGCCAUUCGCGCACACUACAGCACCACCCACUGACACUGACAUAGCAUGCACAUAUCGACACACUCAUGCUCAAACACUCCACUGCGGAAAAUAAACGUUACCUUUUCAUUUGCCUCCUCCCGCUCCCCCUCCCAUCUCGUGCUCUCUUCUCUUUCUUUACGUUCAUCUCCUCACUUUUAUUUUGCUCUUUAUUUUCUCUUUUCUUCCUGCUCACAUUGUUCACUUUUCUUCUGGAAAAUGGCUGUUGAUAGAUAGAUCGUUUAAAAAAAAAAAGGAAAAAAAAAAGAAAAAAAUACCAAAAAAAAAAAAAAAUUACUGUAAUUUUCAACGGUUGUACAUUAAUACAGAAAUAGAGUUACUGAGAGAGUUUUUAAAACCGGA